AUGGUCAUGCCUCAUGACCCCCAGGGUGUGAGACACAGCGCGAGGUCAUCCCGAGCGACUGACUAUCUGUACAUACGAGGUGCAUCCUGCCUUUGCCAGAGAGGCGGGGAAGAGGCAGCCCUGGGCGCACGAGGAGCACUCGGGGAGGCGCGCUGCACCGCACCGUAUACGCGCUUUUGGGUGCGCGGCGUCUCGAUCAGCACGGUUGCUGGCCAGCAGCCAGACCGCACGCGAGGCGGGCCGUGCGUGAUCUUGACACCAGCUUGCACCUCGGUGCACGAUGCCGCCCCCCUGCCGACUCUGACCAUCGGCCCUGGGUUCCGGCAGGAGCGGCGUCUUGAGACCGAGCUGCGCUGGGGCUCAAAAGAGAGAGAGAGAGAAGAAGAAGAA